AUAAUAUUCAUCCUAUCCCACACGCCGCACUCACCUAUAUUCACUCUUUUGCUUCCUUGAAGGCUGAAGGGUAUCAUCUCAUCUCAUCUCAUCUCAUCAAAAUGGGUUUAACUUUCAAGUAUCAACUCUUCUUCUUCUUCUGUCUACUCUCCUUGCUCUUUCCAUCCUCUUUUUCUUCAUCCUUCUCUUCAAACUCACCAUGCUCUGCUCUACUCCAUUUUAGUAACUCCCUUUCUCUUGACAGAUCCGCUUCUCCUUCUCUUGAUACAACCGAUUCAUAUUAUGGAUCUUUUAGACCAAAUACUCAAAUGUGUUAUAAUUCGUAUCCAAAGACAGCCUCUUGGAAGGAGGAUAAGGACUGCUGUAGUUGGGAUGGUGUCGAGUGUGACAAUGCGACACGCCAUGUUAUUGGUCUUGACCUUAGUUGCAGUUGGCUUAAUGGCUCCAUUCAUUCCAACAGUUCCCUCUUCCUUCUUCGCCAUCUCAGGUCCUUGAAUCUUGCUGGUAAUUUCUUCAAUCACUCCCUAAUUCCAUCUGAGUUUGGCAACUUUAAGACCUUGACUCAUCUUAACCUCUCUCAUUCCGGUUUUUCUGGCAAAAUCCCAUAUGAAAUCUCCCAGUUGUCUUCCCUUGUUUCACUCGAUCUUUCUUACAAUUAUCCAUUAAUCAUCGAAACACCGGUCUGGAAAAGAGUCGUUGAUAACCUAACUCUGUUAAGGGAACUUCUUCUGGAUUGGACAUAUAUGUCCUCAAUUAGACCUAUUUCUUUGAUGAAUCUAUCCUCCUCUUUGACAACUCUUAGUCUCCAUGAGUGUGACUUGCGGGGAAAACUCGAAAAUAACAUCCUCUGCCUUCAGAGUAUACAAACCCUUGAUCUAGGGCUUAAUUUCAAUCUUGAGGGUUCUCUUCCAAACUCUAAUUGCAAUAGCAGUAGUUCCCUAACGUUCUUAUAUCUCCCUUACACAAGUUUUUCAGGAGAAUUACCUGAUUUUAUCGGCAGUCUAAAAUCCUUGAAGCAUUUGAAUCUCAAUAGUUGCAAUUUUACUGGGUCCAUGCCAACAUCGAUUGGAAGCCUUACACAAAUUACUUACUUGGAUUUGUCGAGCAACAAUUUUACUGGGCCAAUUCCAACAUCAAUUGGAAACCUCACUCAAAUUACUUAUUUGAAUCUGAGAUUUAAUAGUUUCACCGGUUUGCUGCCAUUGUCACUAUUGAACUUGCCCAAUCUCUCAACUUUAUACCUUGACAACAAUCAACUUGUUGGUCCCCUUCCUAGUCAUGUAAGUGGUUUGAAUCUAAUUAACCUCUUUUUAAGUUCAAAUUCCCUAAAUGGAACACUGCCAUCUUGGUUGUUCAGUUUGCCAUCUUUGGAGGUGUUAAGCCUUAAUGAUAAUGAAUUUAUUGGUGAGAUUGGUGAAUUCAAGUCCGAUUCAUUAAGGUAUCUUGGUUUGGGUUAUAAUAAGCUACAUGGCUCUAUACCUAGGUCAAUAUCUAGACUUGUAAACCUUACUAGUCUAUAUCUCUCAUCAAAUAAAUUGAGUAUUAUGUUGGAGUUUGAAAUGUUUUCAAAGCUCAAAAAUCUCCAAUAUCUUGAUUUAUCACAUAACUUACUCAGCAUCAACAAUGUAACUUUUACCUUGCCCAAUCUUCUGGAGUUGAACUUGUCUUCUUCCAACAUUAGUGAAUUCCCAAUUUUCUUAAGAACAACAACAAAUUUAGAAUCCUUAGACCUUUCCAAUAACAUAAUUUAUGGUCAAGUUCCAAGAUGGUUGGGGGAUGUGGGGAGAAAUUCAUUAUAUCAUGUUGAUCUUCGGGCCAACUUGCUUCAAGGACCAUUUCCCACAUUUAAUUUUCAUAACCUUCGAUAUUUCUUUGUCUCCAAUAACAGUUUAAUUGGAGAAAUCCCCCUUUUAAUUUGUAAUGCAAGCUCCCUUGAAGUUCUAGAUUUGUCUCAUAACAACUUAAGUGGCGUGAUUCCGAAGUGUUUGGCACAUUUUAGUGUCCUCUCAGUGUUGGAUUUGCGAAUGAAUAACCUUUGUGGUACCAUCCCAGCCACAUUUGCUAAGGGAAAUAAUUUCAGGAAUAUUAACUUUAAUGGCAAUCAGUUAGAAGGGCAAUUGCCACGAUCUUUAGCAAAUUGUAGGAACUUGGAAAUUCUUGAUCUUGGAAACAAUAAGAUAAAUGGAACCUUCCCUUAUUGGUUGGAAAGUCUUCCCAAUUUGCGGGUUCUUGUCUUAAGAUCAAAUAGAUUUGAAGGUUGUAUAGGUAAUCCUAAAACCAAACUUCCUUUCCCAAAUUUGCGAAUCAUAGACAUUUCCAACAAUCAGUUUAAUGGUUCUUUGCCAAUAAAAUAUUUCAAAUAUUUGAAAGCCAUGACGAAUGUGGAUGAAAGUGAAGUUAGAUCGAACUAUACAAGAGACUAUUAUUAUCAGGAAUCUUUGAUUGUGAUGAUAAAAGGGUCGUAUAGGGAGUUGCUGAGAAUCCAAACUGUUGUCUUCACAACUAUUGAUUUUUCAAACAAUAGAUUCAUAGGGGAGAUGCCGAAGACACUUGGAAGGCUUAAAUCACUCAAGGGGCUCAACUUUUCUCACAAUAACCUUAUAGGUUAUAUUCCUUCAUCGUUUGGAAAUUUGACCAAUCUUGAAUGGUUAGAUCUCUCUUUCAACAAACUCAGAGGCGAGAUUCCCAAGCAAUUGGCAGAGCUACCGUGGCUUGAAGUUUUAAAUCUAUCAUAUAACCAACUUACAGGAUGCAUACCUUUAGGAAAGCAGUUCAACACAUUCAAUAAUGAUUCGUACAUCAAAAACUUGGGAUUACGUGGAUUUCCAUUGUCAAGAACAUGCAACAAUGAGACAAAGCAACCACCACCAUCGACCUUACUAAAAGAAGACAAUUUAGAGCUUGAAAAUGGGUUUGGUUGGCAAGCUGUAUCGAUAGGUUAUGGAUGUGGAGUGAUAUUUGGAAUAUUGAUGGGGUAUCUUAUGUUUAAAAUUGGAAAACCAAAGUGGAUUGUGAGAAUGGUGAUAUUAGAGCAACAUAUCAUGCUCAGAAUGCUGAAGAAUAAUGCCUACAGACGUGGUGGAAGAAAAUAACUGGUCAAAACAAUUUGUAGGUAGUUUUGCUAGAUUUUUUUUCAAGAAGAUUUCAAAGUCAUGUUGUACAAUGUUGUAAUUCGUGGAAAUGACUUCGAUUUCAUAAAAUGGUUGGGAGUCCAUGUAGAAUGCAUAUGUUGCGGCUUUUUUCAUUUCCAAAUCAUGGAAUUUUUUUAACUCUGGAGGAAAUUAGGGACAUACUGGAAUCCAACUCCAAUGGCAAAAAAGAAACAUACUCCGAAUCUGAUUCAGACAGCGAAGCCCAGUGGAAAAAAACGAAGCUCUCCUCCAACUUUUUCCAUGCAUCAGAAUUUGGAUGAAGCUUCUCAUUCACUCUCUUCUUCAUUUUUCAAACAAUGGAAACAACACAUAAUGGUGAUUAGGAGAAUAUCACCCUUCUUUCAUGGUCCCCAAUGACACAGGACACCAUUCUUUGCCAAGAGUUCAUGCUUUUUUUUAGCAUCAAAUGCCCAGUAACAUGCAAGGUUGAUGCCUCUGAUGUUUCAAAACAUAUCAAUAACCUUUGUGCUCUUGAAUAGUUCAAGACCUCUGUGUAGACAGAAAUCAGCUUGGGAGUAAAUCAAGACCAAAUGUUCUGAAAUGAAGUUGUGGAAAUUAAUCCAACAUUCAUAUUGUAUUCCUAGCAUUCCAUUAGUUGCUGACUUGCUUUGAGAAAUAGACUUUCCACUCGAGACAAUUUGUUAAAAUGGGGUUAUCAAGGUGACAUGUUGUGUCUUCUGCAAGACCUGUCUUGAUAGCACGACCUGUCUUGAUAACACUUGUUCUUUGCUUUGAGUAUCAUUUUCCAAAGAGGUUAUGGGAGCAAGUCAUGAUGUCUAAUUAAAUCCAAGGUUCAACUCUUAGAGACCAAAAUGCUUAAGAUCAAUCGAGGCAGGCCGAAUCAUAUAAUGCUAAACGUGCUAAAAUCUGGGAAGGUCCUGUUAAUCUAAAGAGUGCCUAGUUUCAAGUUUCAACUUCAACACUUGCAGGGACAUGUUAAAUUAUAAGGCAGCAAAAUGCGGAGCUGCCAUUACAACAGACUAUACUUAUGUCAAAGUCAUCAAGAUGUUACUCUGCUACUGCUAAUAGGGAAAAGAACCGGGCAUAAUAAGUAUCGUCAUAAGACUACUUAAGCAGCUUGUUGCUUCAAAUUUGGGAGUGGUUGCCAAAGGAAGAUGAUUUGCAGUUGAAAUAAUUGGGAUUACUAUGAGUUUGAUCAUAAGUCUACUCAAGUUGCAAAAUCAAUUAGUUUUGAAUGUUGCAUGUUCUAAACAGUUGAAAGUAUUAUUCUAGUUUAUGUUUUGUAUGUAUUGGAAAGCACAUGACACAUCCAAUUAUUGAUUAUAAAUGGACUAUAAGCAAGUAUAUGUUUAAUACAAUGGACUAUAUAGUUUGUGUUCA